AAUCCACUCUCUCCGGCAUGUGAUACCCCACGUAGGCUCGGACAACCGUUUUCCUCCGAACCUAAACCCCAAAGCGAAAAGAAAAUUACAUGAAAAUAAACAAAACGAAUAAAAUAAAUGUUUCUGCCAUUAAAGAAACGAAGAAGAGAAAGCGGUUUUUGGUUUGUUGCAGAGCGGCGGUGGCUGUAGUCAAUGAAUCUUCUCUCAGAAGCCGUAAAAUUUCUUCGCAGUACAGAGAUUAGAGAUUUUAAUUUGUUCUUCUUUUUGAAGAUUCGUUGAGCUUUUCUUCGUUUGCGUCUCUUUGAAGCUAAUCGAUCUCGCGGUUUUGGAGUUUCUUUUGCAGGGCUUGUAAUGGCGGAGGAGAAGAAGCGGAGCGAUUCGAGGAUGAGGAGUUUUGUUUUGAUUUUGUUGUGUUUAGCGCAAUGCUGUUGUUUAUCGGAUGCGAUUUUGGAUCCGAUUGAUUUUUUGGCUCUGCAAGCGAUUCGGAAGAGUUUGGAGGAUUUGCCUGGGUCUAAUUUCUUCGCAUCUUGGGAUUUCACAGGCGAUCCUUGUAAUUUCGCCGGUGUUUUGUGUGAUUCUGAUAGAGUUGUUGCCUUAAACCUAGGGGAUCCUCGCGCUGGUUCGCCUGGUUUGGUUGGCCGGAUCAAUCCUGCCAUUGGCAAGCUCUCAGCACUCACGGAGUUCACCAUUGUUCCUGGUCGAGUCUUUGGAGCUCUGCCGCAGACGCUCUUCCAACUGAAGAACCUCCGUUUUCUUGCUAUCAGUCGCAACUUCAUCUCCGGUACUCUCCCUGCGAAUCUCGGUGAGAUUCGGAGUUUGAGGACUCUGGACCUCAGUUUCAAUCAACUCACCGGAGAAAUUCCUCGCUCCAUUGGAACGAUUACGGAGUUAUCCAAUGUCAUUCUCUGCCAUAAUCGCCUCACAGGCACAGUCCCUAUGUUUCCGUACCGUAGCCUUAAUCGUCUUGAUCUGAAGCAUAACAAUCUCACCGGACAUCUUAUACCGGACUCUCUUCCUCCUUCUCUCCAAUACCUCUCUCUCUCAUGGAACCGCCUGAACGGCCCCGUCUUCCGCCUCCUCAGCCGCCUCAACCAGUUGAACUAUCUCGACCUCAGCCUGAACCAGUUCACCGGAACCAUUCCAACGCGUAUCUUCAGUUUUCCGAUCGUUAACCUCCAGUUGCAACGGAACCUCUUCACCGGUCCAGUCCUGCCGGCUGCUCAGGUGGCGAUUCCAACCGUUGAUCUCAGCUACAAUCGUCUCUCCGGUCCGAUAUCGCCAAUGUUCUCCACCGUGCAGAAUCUGUACCUGAACAACAACCACUUCACGGGAGAAGUUCCAAACAGCCUCGUGGACCGAUUGUUGGCUGCGAAUAUUCAAACUCUGUAUUUGCAGCACAAUUUUCUGACCGGAAUCGAGAUCAAUCCGACGGCGGAGAUUCCUCUUAGUAGCUCAUUGUGCUUGCAGUACAAUUGUAUGGUACCGCCGAUACAAACACUGUGCCCGGAGAAGGCCGGCAACCAGAAAACUCGGCCAACGGAACAGUGCGGCGAAUGGAGAGGGUGAAAUUUGGGAAGUAAUUAAUUAAUUAAUUAGGUACAUAAAAAGAAAGUAAUUAAAGGUGAAAAAAAAAAAUAAAGAAAAUGAUUUUUUU